AUGUCAGCGUUGAAGAGCUGUGGGCUGAGCGGGCAGCCUUGGAAGACUCCCACCCGCAGCGAGAUCGGGGCCGUUGUGCCGUCGGCGGCUGCAUCCCAUAGCAGCGCGAACGGCACGCUGCCGAACGCGUUGCGGAAGUCGUACCAGACUUCCGUGGCCGCGAGGAAGUUGUGCUCCCCGCAGCCGUUGACCGCUCGGAAGCCCUUCUGCCCCGGGGCGUGGCGGUCGUUCGCGUCCAGCCACCGUACCAGCCGCCGCGCGAGGACCCCCGUGUAG